AGACAAAUGAAAUUCUGGAGCUGCAGCGGAUGCGAAUGAAGGAUGAGAUCCGAGAGUAUAAGUUCCGAGAGGCCAGACUGCUCCAGGACUACACCGAGCUGGAGGAAGAGAACAUAACUUUACAGAAACUGGUCUCGACACUGAAGCAAAACCAGGUUGAAUAUGAAGGCCUGAAACAUGAGAUCAAGCGCUUUGAGGAAGAAACGGUGCUCCUAAAUAGUCAGCUGGAGGAUGCUAUUCGGCUAAAGGAAAUAGCAGAACAUCAACUGGAAGAAGCUCUGGAUACACUGAAGAAUGAGCGUGAGCAGAAGAACAACCUGAGGAAAGAGCUAGCACAGUACAUCAACAUCAAUGACAGUAUGUACAACAACCACAUCAACAUUGCUGUGGAUGGAUUGAAGUUCUCAGAAGAUGGAGAGGCUAACAACGAGGAAAAGAUGAAUGGACACAUUCAUACCCCUCUUGUCAAAAUAAAUGGGGAUUAUCGGACUCAGGCAGUUCGCAAGGGGGAGUCACAUCAUCCAGUCUCUGACCUCUUCAGUGAGUUGAAUAUAUCAGAAAUGCAAAAACUCAAACAGCAGCUUAUUCAGGUUGAAAGGGAAAAAGCAAUUCUGUUAACCAACCUACAAGAGUCUCAGACUCAGCUGGAACAUACAAAAGGAGCCCUUAACAGAGCAGCACGAACGGGUCCAUAGACUUACAGAAAACAUGAAUUCCAUGAGGAGGCUCCACAGCGCCAAAGAGCUGGACUCUGAUAAAGCUAAAGUGUCUGGAGAGGAGACUCAUGACUAUGAGGUUGACAUUAAUGGCCUGGAGAUCCUGGAAUGCAAAUAUAAAGUUGCCGUUACAGAGGUGAUAGACCUCAAAGCAGAACUUAAAGCCUUAAAGGAAAAAUACAAUAAGCAUGCAGAGAGCUACACAGAAGAGAAGACAAAGCUGGAUUUGAGGAUCCAGAUCUACGACGAACGGGUUAUGGGUCUGGAGAAGGCCCGUAGGGAGAGUAGUGACAAACUGAUUCUGUUGGAGAGGGAGCUACAGAUAAUGACUGCUAUAGCAAAUGAAACCCAUAACACCCUUAAUACAGCUCAGGAUGAGUUAGUGACUUUUAGUGAAGAAUUAGCCCAACUCUACCAUCAUGUAUGUCUAUGUAACAAUGAAACACCAAACAGAGUUAUGUUGGACUACUACAGGCAAAGUAAGGGUACCCGUAGUGGAAGCUUGAAGGGUCCAGAUGACCCCAGAGGACUUCUAUCCCCAAGGCUGGCCAGGCGGGGUAUGGCUUCUCCAGUGGAGGCAAGAAGCCCUUGUGAAUCAGUCCCAAAAGAUAGUAUAGAUUCCAGUAGGGAGCCCACUCCUCAAAAGUCUGCUACUGUUUCCCCUGUCAUCACUGCCCCCCCAUCCUCCCCUGUAUCUGAAUCUAGUGAUAUUCGUAAGGAGCCAAUGAACAUCUACAACCUCAAUGCCAUAAUCAGGGAUCAAAUUAAACAUUUGCAAAAGGCCGUGGACAAGUCCUUACAGUUGUCACGCCAGCGGGCUGCAGCUAGGGAAUUGGCGCCAAUGAUUGAUAAAGACAAGGAAGCCUUAAUGGAGGAGAUCCUCAAACUAAAGUCUUUGCUUAGCACCAAACGGGAACAAAUAGCAACUCUUAGAGCUGUGUUAAAGGCAAACAAACAGACUGCAGAAGUUGCUCUUGCAAAUUUGAAAAAUAAGUAUGAAAAUGAAAAGACCAUGGUGACAGAAACAAUGACAAAGCUGAGGAACGAGCUGAAGGCCCUGAAGGAGGAUGCAGCCACAUUCUCUUCACUCAGAGCCAUGUUUGCCACCAGGUGUGAUGAGUAUGUGACACAACUGGAUGAGAUGCAGAGACAGCUAGCAGCCGCAGAGGAUGAGAAGAAGACUCUGAACUCUCUGUUACGGAUGGCAAUUCAACAGAAACUGGCACUAACACAGAGGCUUGAAGACCUGGAAUUUGACCACGAGCAAUCCUGGCGUUCCAAAGGCAAGGCGGGAAAAAGCAAGAUUGGCAGUCCCAAACAGUUCCCAGCUCCAGUUGGCAGGAACCCGCUUCACACGUAUUGCAGCAAGCUUCCGUUCCAAGCAUCACAGGACAGGCCACCACUCAGGGUUCCAACAGCUUCAUCAUCAGCCAACUCCAGCCCAGAGAAGUCCUCUACACUCCUCUUCCACCAGCUAUCAGCCUCAAGGAGCACUGGACAGCUUAAUACACAAUGCUUCUCUUCGUCUUCCAACCAAAGCUAUACUUACAGUGAGGAAUCUUCUAUCUCCCGGCAACAAAGGAACCUCUUCGGGCUUACAGCUUCAUCAUCUACACCAUCAUCACCCAGAACCAGAGAUGCUCACUCUCUUUCUGCCACUCCUCUUUGUACCAGGCAAAAAGCUGCCUGUCUCCUGGAUUUGUUCUCCAGAACGUAAAAGAGGGCAGGAGGAACAGUGA